UUGCCUAUCGGUCCUGGCACACACAUUCCUGCCAUACCACAGUGAAUGGAAAUGACUGUUGCGAGUCAGUCAAAUGUGUUAAGCAGCAGAGUCCCUAUCAGCUAAAGAGUCCCGGGAAAUUCACUUACAAAAUCGCUCCCCUCUGACAGAUUGAGUUAUCCGUGUCAGGAUCUCACUGGCUGCAGACAUGCAUGGUUCUGAGGAGAGUGCAUCUGGAACUGUGCUUCAUAGGCUUAUGCAAAAACAUCUCAAAUAUGGAACAACUGGAAUCAGAAGAGGGGUAGAAAACGACAGCUCUCAGAUGCCAAGCAAACUCACGUCUACAGAAAACCUACUCCUUCAAAAGGAGGGUCAAGUAGCCCAUUCAUAUCAGCUUAUGCCCUUGCAGUCGCAGUCUCGACAGGAACCUCAAGGUCAGGAGCAUCAAGUGGACAGCAGCUCCAUGGAAAAAGCUGGUGGUGUGAGCCAGAGUGGAGGUAGAGCAGUCCAAGCAGCCCAGAUUUUGUCUGGGUUUCACACUCUGGAGCUUCCAUCAUACGAGGAGGCUAAAAUCCAGUCUCAGCUUUACAGAGGACAGCAAAGUCAGAUGGACCCUCAGUCCCAAAUUCCUGACCACCACCACCAGAGUCUUCAAAAUCCAGACAAAGUUUCAAACAAUUUUCAACAAAAUCAAGAGCAGGACUUUCACAAAGAGGAGCAGGACUUUCACAAAGAGGGCCAUAAAAUCAUUGUCCACCAAACUCAGCAGCAACACAACCAGGUUCAACAGGCACAGCUGAUGUCAGCAAUGUCUUACAGUCCCGCAAGCUCACAUUCCUGUCUACCAUCAUUUUCUAACACACACUCACUCUCUUCCCCUCCUUCUCUUUUGUCUUCUUACACAUCUUCAGUCCAGCAAGGAGGCACUGGUGGUACAUUUCUUUGUGAUGAAGGUCUGGCAGAGUUGAAACAGGGUCAUGUUCGCUCUCUAAGUGAAAGGAUCACGCAACUCAGUCUAGAAUGCAGUGAAGCUAAGCAAUGUGUAGGACCAUCCAUUUCACCUUGCAAAGGAGACAUUACUCUUUGUGGGGCUGAUAAUACAGCAGAUUCUCGCUCAAUAACUAGUAAGACCUCCAUGAUUAUCCUACAACUUCCACCACCACCCUUAAACCCUCCACAGUUGCCUUUGGAUCAAAGAGGUCCUCCCCCAGAAUAUCCUUCUAAAUUCAAGGUACAGACUAUGCUUUCGCCCACAUUACACCCAAACUCGGACUCUCUGGAACAUGGUCACUUCAACAGUGAUACCUUGACAGCAGCCAUGUUGGAGACAGUGCCACUUAUAAAUAUAGCAAGACAGUGCCCUUUGACUACAUCACAGCACCAAACAAAGACAUGUCCCAUGACUUCUGAGACUUCUUUCCUGCCCUCAAAGGCUUCUCAGCAACAGUAUCAAACACUAUCCCUAUCUCAGUCCCUGGCAUUUCCUCCAGCUCAAACUGGAUCUGUGACUCAGGGGCUGUUUUCUUGUGUGUCCCCUUUUGGACAGCCUUUUCCAGGAGAAACAUUUGUCAUGUCAAACCAUGACAACCAGAUACUGGAGAUCCUAAAAGAAGAGAACCUAAGACUUAGACAAGAACUUCAUAAGCAAAAUGAGAAGGCCAGCAAACUACAGCGGUUGGAGGCGGAGACUGUGCACCUGUCAGAGACAUAUGAGAGUUUAGUGAAGAGCUCAUCCAAACGGGAUGCUCUGGAAAAAAAUAUGAGGAAUAAACUAGAGGCAGAGAUCAGGCGUCUUCAUGAUUUUAACAGAGACUUGAGAGAUCGUUUGGAAACAGCCAAUCAACAGCUCGCCAUUCAGGAGACGAAGGGACAAGAUGACAGACACUUGUAUCUUUCACAGAGAAGAGAAAGCCUUAAAGAUCUGGAAAAAAUUGAGAUCAAGACAGCCAAUCUCCAAUCAGCCAAUGAGGAUCAGCAACGACACAUUGAGAUCUUAGAGCAGGCUUUAAAUAAUGCUCAGAGUAAAGUCCUCAAACUAGAGGAAGAGUUGAGUAAAAAGCAGAAGUAUGUGGAGCGAGUGGAGCGGUUGCAGCAGGCACUAGCACAACUACAGGUCGCAUGUGAGAAACGUGAGCAGCUGGAACAACGUCUACGUACUCGCCUGGAGAGAGAACUGGAAUCAUUGCGAACACAACAGUGUGCUGGUGUAGGUGUUCCCCUUAGUUUGUGGGAAUCCAGUGCUCCUGCACUACUGGAUCUUCUAAAGGAGAAAGAGGAACGGAUUCUGGGAUUGGAGGCUGAUAUGACACGCUGGGAGCAGAAGUAUUUAGAAGAGAGUGCAAUGAGACAGUUUGCCACGGAGGCCGCAGCUACAGCCUCAGCACAGAGAGAUACAACUAUAAUCCAGCAUACCCGCAGUGGCAGUUACACUGACAGCUCACUGUGGCUCAAUGAGGAUGAGAACAGAAUCCAGAGCAGUCGUCACUGUCAGGAAAUGGAACAAAGGAUGAAGGACUUGCAUGCUCAGUUGCUGGAGAAAGAUGCCAUGAUUAAAGUCCUACAACAGCGUUCCCGUCGAGAUCCCACUCCUCUACGUCCUGCCCGCUCUGUGCCCUCCAUUUCGAUAGCAACUGGACUACACACACGUCACUCAUCACAGACCAAACACAGAGACCAGCACAGCUGGAAAGAUGUUCUCCUGGGAAAACACCAAGUAGAGCACAUCCGCCCCUCUCUGCCCUCUCUUUUGGUCCCUGCCUCCUCUCCUUCCUCUCUUUCUCCACCAUUUUCCUCCUCUCUACCUUCCUCUUUUCUUCCUUUCUUGGCCUCCACAGGUUCAAACACAUCAUCCUCCUGUGUUCCCCGUUACAGCACUUCCUCCCUCCCUCUCUCUUCUUCUUCCACAUCACCCUGGCCCUCAUCCGACUCUCUUCAGCCUCCUUUAUCAUUCCCUCUCCCCUCCACUGCUCUCUUGUCUCUUCAUUCUAAAUUUGCCAGCAGAGACAGUGGCAGUCAAACAGGACUUAGUCCAAAGACAUUUAGUUCUGCAACCUCCACAAUACAAGAAAAGACAGAAUCUCAAUCCAGCCAGGAUAAAGGCCUAGAAGUUCGAGGACAGAAGAUGUCCCUGCCUGACCUAGAUCUGGUGGAGAUCCUUAUCUGAAAGAACAACCCUGGAAGCAGCAUUCUUACAGAGAGGACGGUGCUUAAGAAAGAAUGAGGGAGUGAAAAACAGAAUAUGAGUAAGACAGAAAAAGAAAGGAAGGCAUAGAGAAAUAGAUGUAGUAUAAUGUAAUGGAUCACAUACAACAGACAUGCAGAAAGGAAAGGAAUGAAGGCAUGCCGUGCAAAGUAAAAGCUAGAAUUCAGCAUUGUGCAUCCAAAAUACUGAAUUUGAUAAUUGAUUAUAAUUUUAUUUCUGUCCAUUUUUGACCCUGAAACAAACAAUGAAUAUAUUUGACCUAGCCUAUAUACUUAU